UGAGGGUGGACAAGAACAAGCUGGAGAGGCAGAUGCAGAUGAUUCUCCCAGACGUGGCUGGGGCUAGUCUUUCUUUGUCAGUGGCUUAUCGGAUGAACCAGAGCAGCUCGGGAUCCUUGCAAACAGAACUGGCUCUGGCACAGUCACCACUGGAGGCUCCCCAUGGAGUUGACUAUUUGUCCACUACAAGCUUUGCCUCCCCACUGGAUGAGACUCUGGACAGGGAGGUGCUGCUGAUGCUGCAGGGACCCAGCCCUGAACACAUGGCACUGGAGUUCAAAAACCUCAUAAAUAAACUGAAAAGGGACUUCAGAAAAGAAACCGACUCUGUCUUAACUUCAGUUAGAGUUUUGUUAGAUGACCACGCACAGACAGAAGGCGACAGCAGUCUUCAG